AUGUCGCACAGUCAUGGCGCUGCGCCGCAGCCUGUCGGGCACUCACAUGGCGGCGACCCGUCGAGUAUGAUCAUGGCCAUGGUCUUUCAAAAUUUUAUCCAAACUCCUCUCUACACGGUUGCAUGGACGCCGGCCACAGGCGGAACAUAUGCCGCAACUUGCAUCUUCCUCAUCGCUCUUGCCAUGCUCGGCCGCGGACUCAUGGCUGUGAAGACGACGCUCGAUCAGCGAUGGCUCAACCAAGCGCGUGAAAGGCGGCUCAUAGUCGUGGCAGGCCAGACGCCGGAGUCGGAACGAGUGCACAAUGACCCAGAGGCCAAACAUGCAGUGCUGCUUACGGAAAAGGGCGUGGAGGAGAGAGUGCGGGUGGUACGGCGAGCGGGAGGUCCACCAGUGAUGCCGUGGAGAUUUAGCGUGGACCUUCCCCGGGCGGCGUUGGUGACGGUCAUGGCUGGUGUGGGCUAUUUGCUGUGA